GGCCAGAGGUUUCGCGUACCAAGAAACUCUAGGGGCCGGCCGGACUACAAAUCCCAGCAUCCCCGCUCACCCCGCCCCCUUCAUGUGGCCUCUGCACUGGGUCCCGGUAUAGUUUCCCUUUACCUCGUUCCUCUGCACCUGGGCGGCUCGUGGGGUUCGGCACUUUGCGCUGGGCUGGAGCAGGAGCGAAGGUGUUGGGGAACAUGGCCUCGUCCCUAGGAAGGCUGAGCGGGAGCCGCUUUUGGAGCACGGCGCUGGGGUGCGGCAGCCCACGGCCGCGCGCCUGGCCCCCAGGCCCCGCGACUGGACGCUUCUGCGGGACUCCCCUCGGAGGGCCUGGCUCCGGCGGGGCUCGGGGGCUGGGCUACGGCCCCGGCACUGGAGGAGCCGGGGUCGGGGGCGGAGCGAGGAGAGCCCCUUGGCUAGUGGCGGGGCUGGCAGCGGGGCUGGCCGGGGUGGCCGCAGCCUCUCUCCAGCACCUGGCGCGGGCCGAGAUGGUUCCCAGAACCGAGGGCGUCUCGGGCGUUCGGGAGAGGGCAGACGAGCUGGCCCUCCGCUGCAGCUCCUUCAUGGCCCAGCCCGUGACUGCCCUGUCCGAGCUGCGGGCCCGGCAGGGGGACAUGAAGACCCAAAUGGAGCUGCUGAUCAUGGAGACCCAGGCUCAGGUGUGCCAAGCGCUAGCGCAGCUGGACCGGGGCGCCAACUUCUCCGUGGAUCGCUGGGAGAGGAAGGAAGGAGGAGGUGGUAUCAGCUGUGUACUACAAGAUGGUCAUGUCUUUGAAAAAGCUGGAGUCAGUAUUUCUGUAGUUCAUGGGACUCUUUCUGAGGAAGCAGCAAAACAAAUGAGAAACAGAGGAAAGGUCUUCAAGACCAAAAAUGGUCAGUUGGCCUUUUCUGCUAUGGGAGUGAGCUCUGUCAUCCACCCCAAGAAUCCUCACGCUCCCACCUUUCAUUUCAACUAUAGAUAUUUUGAAGUAGAAGAAGCUGAUGGUAGCAAGCAAUGGUGGUUUGGUGGUGGAUGUGAUCUUACUCCAACUUAUUUGAACCAAGAGGAUGCUGUACACUUCCAUAAAACCUUAAAGGAUGCUUGUGACCAGCAUGAUCCAAGCCUUUACCCUAAGUUUAAAAAAUGGUGUGAUGACUACUUUAUUAUAAAGCAUCGGGGAGAGAGAAGGGGAAUUGGGGGUAUAUUCUUUGACGAUCUUGACUCCCCAUCCAAGGAAGAUGUAUUUCAUUUUGUCCAAAGCUGUGCUCGUGCUGUUGUACCUUCUUACAUUCCCCUGGUGCAAAAACACUGUAAUGAUCCAUUCACACCUCAGGAGAAACAGUGGCAGCAGCUUCGGAGAGGGAGGUAUGUGGAAUUUAACCUGUUGUAUGAUAGAGGCACAAAAUUUGGACUCCUCACUCCAGGAUCUAGGAUUGAAAGCAUCCUUAUGUCUUUGCCCCUGACUGCCAGAUGGGAAUACAUGCAUGCACCUUCAAAGAAUUCCAAAGAAGCUGAGAUCCUAGAAGUCCUACACCAUCCCAAAGACUGGGUGCACUGAUGUGCAAAGAGCAGACUUCCUGUGGUCAAAGGAAAAUUGACGUGUGUAAACUAUCUCCCUUAGGCUCCCUGCAGCUACCAUCACAUUGAAGUUUGAUGGGCUAUGUGCCUUAAAUCAGUCAGGAGCUAAUGAUCUGUAAAUUCUUUAAUCUGCAGCUGAAGAGUUGGGGGUGUCUGUCCCCCCAUAUGUCAUCACUUUCUCAAUGGUGUUCUUUGUCAAUGGUGUAAUGUCCAGGUGAUGGUUUGGUUUUGUUUUUAAAAAGCUAAAGAACUGCUAAAAAAAAAAGCCUGAUGAUUUUAGUGAUAUUUUCCUGUGAUUUUUCUACUGCAAAAUGUAACACUGGUUUCAGAAUGGUAUGUGAUGUUCGCAAGUGGCAAAUUCAACAACUCUCAGGGCUGGAAUAAAUUGUGUCAGGAAGUUUUUUGUUGGAGAAAAUUCUUGACAAAUUAUUUUGAUGUAUUUUUUUUAAAGUUCUGUAUUUUAUCUGAAAACAGGUCUUUGUCAUUACUGAAGUUUCCAAGAUCAUAUCCUUUUCUUAUAUUAAAUGUAAAUAAAGACUUAGAGAUGAAAAAACGAUAUUUUGUUUAGGUAGAAAAUGUUCUGAUGCAUAUUUGUUUUUUGAUUGCAUAACUAUAGAUAUGUGAUUUUAAUAGUAAUUUUUAAAAUCUCCCAUAAAGUAUCUGACUGGACUUGAAAACAGAAUAGCUGAACUCUGAUAAUACAAAAAAUAAAAGCUCUACAACUCUUUUCCUUUUUCACAUUUUCCUUUGUUUACUCUUUAAUAAUGUGUUGCACUGCCUACAAAUUUGUUUUAUUUUGCAAAUAUAUGUAUAAUGUUAUAUGUUCUCUAUUAUAUAUGUAUACACACAUAUAUUUUAUCAUGCCCUUGUUUUUGCAUCUUGUCUUUUCUACCAUCGAGCUUUUUUAGGAAACAUUUUUAAACAGUAGGAUAUCCCUCAUGGUGAUUUAGAUACCAGCAUGAACAAUGCUAAAAAUAAGUCUGAAAAGAAAAGAAAUUAAUUUCCCCCAAAUGGUCAUGUCAUGGCAUAGUGGAUAGAGAGCCCCCCUCAAAGCCUAGGGCCGAGUCUUAGCUCAGACAUGUGUUGGCUUUGUGACCCUGCAAGUAAUUGAACUUCUGAGGGGCCCAGGCAACUCUCUAAGAAUGUUGGUAUAGGGAUUUCCCAACACCAGUGAAAUCACAGGUCCAGUUCUAGUCCCCAUUCCCAGCAAUGAUGGAAAUGUAGAAUCAUACAUACUCCUGUGGGUGGAAAGGGCUCUUGAUCAUCUAGCCCAGCUUACCCUUUGGAGCAUCCCUCACAGAUGGUCAUCUCACUGCUGUUUGUUUGCUUGCUGUAUUCACUACUGUUCAACUUAGCCCCCCUCCAAUUAUUGGAUGACUCUAUCCCUGUAGCUGAACCAAAAACAAUGUGAAUUUUACUUUUUAAUUUAAAAAGGUUUCAAGUAAAAGAGUUCUUUUCAAAAAAUUCCAGAGGUCCAAAAACAUUGUCAAUUGGAAGUAUAAAUGACAUAAAAUACCUUGUAAACUGCUGAAGUCCAUGAUGGCAUGGCUGGAAACUAAGCAAGGUAUGAAGUUCUGGGGUUUGGGAGGGGACAGAGAAAUAGCUUAUAAGGAGUUCUAGAACUUGUCUCAAGUUUCAGGAUGGGCAUUAGUUAACAGUUAAAGAUGGGUCACAGAAGGGUAGGAUAGAAACAGCUGACACCCAAUAUUUUUGUACUUUAUGAAUAGAAUCUUGUUAUCACAAUAAGCCAUGAAGAAGAGGUCAUUUUUAAAAUCUAAAGUAAAUUGUGAUGUUUUCUUCUUGUCACCCCAAAGAGGUUAGUUGCUAGGAUAUCUCUUAGAUGAAAGACUCGCCUACCCUGCAUGAUGAUAAAGUUACAUAGGUCUCCGCUUCUAGGAAAGUAGGUUUUUAGGAAUGGACUUGAAUUAAAAACUUGCAUUUUGACAUUUGUGGAACUGAGGCUGUGCUUACAUUUAACAGUACAUAGAACUCCAGUAAACCAGUUGAUGGGUUCUGGUGGUUUUUUAAGACAUCAUAAUGCUUUUUACAAAGCUUUUUACAAAGUUCUUUGGGGACACAAAUUUGGGAAAUGUCCUAUCUUUCACUGUUUUUACAAACAGUUUCUUGCAGUCAAAAGGAUGCAAUGUUUUGUUUUUAACUUGUUUUUUGUUUUUUAUUAUUUGUACUGUUUUCAAAAAUGUCUUUAAAGCUAAUAAAUUACAAUUAUUUAUCCUUCCUGCUGAAAUAAAACUGCUAGAAUAUUUAAUCAUCAUGUUUAGGACACAUGCUGUAUUUGUCUAUUUGAGAGAAUUGAAGUGAUUUUUUUUUUAUCAAAUCCCUUGUGAAGGUUUCCAAAAGUCAUCUUUUGGAAAAUGCUGAAUGUAGAAGGACUGGAUAGUUGUUCAGUGCUAGUAAAUGUGCAGAUCUCUACUGAAUUAAGCUUAUAAUGAAUUGUAAUAGAAUAAAUAAACUUAUUGUGUUAUCGAUGA